UCGCUCAAAACAACGCGAGAAACAGCUCGAUUUACACCAGUACUGAUAUGUUAGUGCGUUUCAUGUUAUGAAUGUUACCUGUGAAAGUGAUGCGGUAUUUACAGUUUUGUUUGGUGUUGAUGUACAGAAAUCUGGGCUCGGCUGUGUGUUUUUGUUUUCGUGUCAGCGGGUGGGCGCGCGCGCGUUGGCAUCGCUGGCGGGUUAGGUGCGCGCGCGACUGCAAGCGAUCGCCGCCGCCGGAGGAUGCGCAAACCCGCAGUGCCAUCACGCCGCGCGGUUCGAACGCGCGCACAAUGCUCAACAUGAAGCUGAAGGAACGCCUUGCGCUGGCUGUUAGCGCAUUCCUGAUACUCUUCACCCUAAUGCUCAUAGUUGACCUGCAAAUGGACUAUGGGAUUUCCGGCCACCGAGUGCCGCUGCAUGGAAGAGUCAAGAUUGGUGAUGAUAGUGAUAAAGGACAUUCGGCAUAUAUUGAGUUUCGGAAGCGGUUCCUUCAUAGAAGUAAUGGCAGCAACAACUCUAGGGAAUUGGAGCAGUCAGCACCUAGUGAAACAAGUGGUUUGGAUGCUGAACCCAAAACGCCGACACCACCGGCAGACCGCUUCGAAGAUCUUCAGAGGAUACUCCUACUGCAGCUUAAGGGGAAAUCUGAAGACAACAUGGUUGUGAUCCCGCCCCAUAAGGACCUGAAUGUCCUUCGGCCAGAAAAUCCUACGAUUGGGGAAAUGGAGGACUUGGAACCCAGUAUCAACGCAUCGAACUUGGAGAAAUUUCAGCUCAAAAUCGCACAACAUGAGUUGUAUGAAGAGGGCGAAAAGUUAGUUGAAGAUGUCCUGAAAGAUAUGGAGACGUCACCAAUCUUACACGUUGAGCAAAAAGAAGGUGGCACGCAACUGAAGCUGAUUAUUGACUACCCAAAUGGAGUGCAAGCAUUGUUCAAGCCAAUGAGAUUUGCAAGAGACGUCCAAACGUUGCCAAAUCACUUCUACUUCUCGGACUAUGAGCGUCACAAUGCUGAAAUUGCCGCGUUUCAUUUGGACAGAAUACUCGGCUUCCGGAGAGCGAUGCCAGUCGUAGGUCGAGUUUUAAACAUGACGACGGAAAUAUAUGACGUGACGGAAGGAGACAUCCUCAAGACAUUUUUCGUGUCGCCAGCAAACAAUUUUUGCUUUCAUGGAAAAUGCUCCUACUACUGUGAUACUGGUCACGCGAUUUGUGGCAACCCAGAUAUGUUGGAAGGUAGCUUCGCUGCGUUCCUACCGUCUUCGGAUCUGGCUGAACGAAAGGUAUGGAGACACCCGUGGAGACGAUCGUAUCACAAACGACGAAAAGCUCAAUGGGAGUUGCAGUCGGAUUAUUGCGAUACGGUCCGUACAACUCCACCGUACGAUUCAGGUAGAAGACUCCUGGAUCUAAUGGAUAUGUCCAUAUUUGAUUUCCUCACGGGUAAUAUGGAUAGACAUCAUUACGAAACUUUUAAAAUGUUUGGCAACGAAACAUUUACCCUGCAUUUGGAUCAGGGUAGGGCGUUUGGAAAGGCUCUUCACGAUGAACUCAGCAUUUUGGCGCCGUUGCUGCAAUGCUGCCUCGUACGGCAUACUACACUCGCUGUACUACUAAAAUACCACAACGGUGUACCACUAUCUUCGGUACUCCGGGAGUCAAUGAGGGUCGAUCCGGUCUCCCCAAUCUUGUGGGAGCCUCACUUAGCUGCUUUAGACCGACGUCUGGUCACCGUUCUUGACGCUAUCAGAAAAUGUGUUGAAAAAGCUGAAAAUCCUUUACAAAAUGAACUUAAUGACAUUGUAUGAUGAAAUAUGUGCCGUGAUAUGAUGUUCAGAGUCGGGAACUAUGUGCAAUUUGAGUGUUUAGCCAGUAAUUGGCAUUGUUGAGGACUAUCAGUCGAGUAUUAUAGACAAUUUGUGUUGGCAUACGAUACUCGCUAGCUUCAAGCCUGUAAAGAGUUUGAAGGGUGUUGGAAGCAAACAUUAGCUUACGAACGAACUGUGAAAAUAAAAGAAAAUUGCUCACGAUUUUCCAAUACAAUUUAUGCUAGAAGAAUUAAUCGCUAUUUACAACUCUAUUACUUGCAAUGUACAAUUUGGUAUAUUUAAAGCGAAUAGUUUGAGUGUAAGUUUAACAUGAGUUCCUGUAAUAUUAAUUUUUAUACUGAAAUGCCGUAGAUUCUACUAACUAGUCUCUGUAAGGGGUUUUUUAUAACCAUUUACUAUUUAAGUAAAAAUGUACCAAUGGAAUCUUUAUCAUAUCUAAAACCUUGUUAAUGCAAUUCUUUGGUUUAAUAUUUUAGUGCCAAAGUUUCUCCAAAAUAACAUGGACUUACGGAUAAUACAAUGAAAUUAAUAAAUAUAUCUAUUGAUAAGUGAGUUUUGUACGGCUUAAACAAUUUUGAUACUUCUUGGGAACUUUGAAAAGAAUAUUAUCAAUCCCAAUUGUAUGUUGCACACCAGCUAUUUAUAGGUCUGAAGACUCGUAAUAUAAGUGAAAAAUGUACAUAAUAGUGAAAUGCAAUUUUAGAUUAGUUUAUUUGCUACUUUCAUUUCUGUUACCACGGCUCAAAGCUCAUAGCGACAUAUCAUUGUAUACAGGACUAUGUGAUAUCUUUUUAUAAGAGUUUUAUUUCUGGUUUUGGUUAUUUUUGGGACGUAUUCAAUUGUUUAUUGUUAAUUUUUCAGAUUUUAAUAUGCAUUUGUCUCGGUUUGAUCUCACGAGGGAAAAAUUCUGUUACCUACUUGAGUAGUAAGUUGUGUUAUCAAUAUUAUAUGAGUUUAUAUUAUAUAUUUCUGAACUUAUUGUGAUAUAUCAGUACUCUUUGAUCUACCAGGGAAUAUAAAAAAAUCCUUUCCCGUAAUUAAAGUCAGGAUAGGCUAUAUAAGACUCCUACUUAAUUUAUGUUUCAUCGUAUGAGGCUUUUUAAUUAUAAAAGUUGACUUGCCAAAGAUAUACCUAUGAAUGAUUUUUUAAUGUUGUAUGACUCGAAUAGAUGCGUGUUUAUGUUGGUUGUUAAUAAAUUUUAAGAUAAAGUA